AUGGAAGCAGAAAUCUCUAUGCAUCAACAAAGAAAGCCCUCCAAGGGUGGAUGGAGAUCAGCCAUCUUCAUCAUCUGGGUUGAAGUUGCAGAGAGGUUUGCUUAUUAUGGUAUGUCAGGAAACCUCAUCACCUACCUAACUAAUGUCCUGAAGGAGCCCACAGCAACGGCAGCCAAGAACGUCAACAUCUGGUCUGGCAUCGCCACUCUCCUUCCUUUAGUAGGAGCUUUCAUGGCCGAUUCCUACUUGGGUCGUUUCAACACCAUACUCUUCUCUUCCUUCAUUUAUAUCAAGGGACUAGUCAUGUUAACCCUAACAGUUUCAAUAAUUCCGGCAAGAUUCCGGCGACAGCUCUUCUUCUUGUCUCUUUACACUAUAGCAAUUGGGCAAGGUGGACACAAGCCAUGUGUGCAAGCAUUUGGAGCAGAUCAAUUUGAUGAGGACAAACCAGAAGAAAAGAAAGCCAAGAGCUCCUUCUUCAAUUGGUGGUAUUUUGGGAUAUGCAGUGGUGCAGUUGCAGCAACCCUGGUGGUGAUUUAUCUCCAAGACAAUGUAGGAUGGGCAAUUGGAUUCGGGGUUUCAGCGGUUGCUAUGGGAAUGGCACUCGUCGUAUUCUUAUUAGGACGGAAACUGUACAGGCAACAGGUUCCCAGAGGAAGUCCCUUGACUCAGGUGGCACAGGUGUUUGUCGCGGCAGUUCGUAAGCGGAACUUGCCUGUUAUGGAGUCUGGUUGUGGUUUGGCAAUGGAGGUUCAGGGUACCGGCCGCAACCUUGCUUCUACCAAUCAGUUCAGGUUUUUGGACAAGGCGACUAUUGUUGACGAUAUUGAUCAGUUGGGUGAGUGCAAAAACAGAUGGAGACUUUGCUCAGUAACUCAAGUUGAAGAAGUGAAGCUUCUUAUCCGUUUAAUUCCUAUUUGGUUCAGUUGCUUGAUGUACGCCGUGAUGUUUGCUCAAGUUGGGACUUUCUUCACCAAGCAAGGUAGCACGAUGAACAGGAAAAUUGGAUCCAAGUUCUACGUACCUCCUGCAUCCCUUUUAGUGUCUGCGAGCCUUAUGAUUAUGUUUUUCCUACCGUUCUAUGACCGGAUUCUUGUUCCGGUCGCACGAAAGUUCACUGGGUUACCAUCUGGAGUAACAAUGCUUCAAAGGAUCGGAAUUGGGAUGUUCCUUUCGAUAAUUGGAAUGGUGAUAGCAGCUUUAGUAGAGGCUAGAAGGCUUAGAACAGCUAGAGAGCAUGGACUUGUUGAUCUACCUAAGGAAACUGUGCCAAUGACCAUCUGGUGGUUACUUCCACAGUACAUGAUCUGGGGACUUGCUGAUGUCUUUGCAAUCGUCGGAUUGCAAGAACUCUUUUACGAUCAGAUGCCAGAUAGAUUGCGCAGCUUGGGGGCUGCAGCUUGGCUUAGCAUCGUAGGAGUUGGGAGUCUAUUGAGCAGUGUUGUUAUGUCCAUUGUGCAGUCAAUCAGCUCGAGAUAUGGAGAAUCUUGGCUGGGGAACAAUCUUAACAGAGCACACCUUGACUACUAUUACUGGGUUCUAGCAGGGUUGAGCACACUCUGGUUUUGUGCAUAUGUUCUUGUGGCCAAGUUUUUCAUUUACAAGAAAAUUGAUGCUGUUGGAAGUGAUGCUGCUACAGAGGAGGAUCUCAUGACUCUCUAACUUGUUUGGGCCAUUUAGGGCCUGUACUGGUACCAAGAAUUUAAGUUAGCUCUUCGACAUUUCAUCCAAUGGUGAAAUUUCUAUGCACUGAAAAUGUUUUUUAUGGGUAAAUCUGCUGUUUAUGGCUCAGUGAUAGAUUCUGACUUUCUUACAGACAACUUUUGUGGGAUGAAUUGAUCAACAAGGCUGCUUGUGUGAAUGGUCCCCGUCUUCAUUUGAUUGUUGUACCAGCGAUAACUUUGUUAUUCCUCA